GGGAAUAUUUUAAAUAAAAACGUAAGUAAUUGCUCAAUUAUGCAACUUUCAGAUAACAAAUAAAAUGUCUAGAAUUAUAAUUUUUCUGAUGUGUGACUCGGUGUGGACGGGGCUGUUUUGAUGCUUCUGCCUGAAGGGUUUUCCGUCUCCUGACGGCGGGUUUGACGCGACGCCGCCUCCCGCCGCCCCUCCGGUUGGGACCCCGGUUUAAAAGGGUCCGGAGCGGCUGCCGCAGCGUUGCUGAGCUCUGCACCGGCGGUGGGCGGCACGGUGCGCACACACACACGGGAAAUGAUGGGGGCUGAGUCCGGGCUGCUGGGAGGCAGGCGGACCUGAGCCGGGGCUCCUCUGGAGGCGGACACCGGCGGAGGAGAGGGACCACAGACCUCCACGAGCCCCCCCACAGACCUCCACGAGCCCCCCACGAGCCCCACAGACCCCCGCGAGCCCGACACGGAGGAGCAGCCGGGGAGGAGGAGCAGAGACCACCGGCUCUCGUUUGGCUUCAGCCUGCGGACGGACAGCCCCAGCCUGCGGAUUUGCGCUCAGCUCUGAACAGAAACUGAGCAGGACCCCGGCAUGGCGAGGCUCGUCCUGUCCCUCCUGAUCCUCUGUGGGAGCCAAACUGGCCUCUGCCAGUCCUCCGAGGCCCAGAAGGAGCCCGGCAUCAUCGACAACAGCACCGUCUUCACACGGAUUCUGGACGGGCUUCUGGACGGAUACGACAACCGGCUCCGGCCGGGGCUCGGAGAGAACGUCACGGAGAUCAAGACCAACAUCUUCGUCACCAGCUUCGGGCCCGUGUCGGACACAGAGAUGGAAUACACCAUAGACGUGUUCUUCCGCCAGAGCUGGAAGGACGAGCGCCUGUGCUUCAAGGGGCCCAUGGAGAUGCUGCCCCUCAACAACCUGCUGGCCAGCAACAUCUGGACGCCCGACACCUUCUUCCUCAACGGGAAGAAGUCCAUCGCCCACAACAUGACCACGCCCAACAAACUCCUGAGGCUGAAGGACGACGGCACGCUGCUUUACACCAUGAGGUAGGCCGCCGCCAACCGAUGGCUCCAUCAGGAUGAGUGAUUUCGUUCUGCCUGUUUGUGAGCGCUCUGCCUCUGUGUGCCCGUCCCAGACGCCUACCCGGUCUCAGAGGUGGUCUACACCUGGACCCAGGGAGCCGCCAAGUCUGUGGUGGUGGCCGAGGACGGGUCCAGACUCAACCAGUACCACCUGAUCGGCCAAACGGCCGGCACGGAGGACAUCAACACCAGCAGAGGACAGUACACGGUGAUGAUGGCCCACUUCUACCUGAAGAGGAAGAUCGGGUACUUUGUCAUCCAGACCUACAUGCCCUGCUUCAUGACGGUGAUCCUGUCCCAGGUCUCCUUCUGGCUCAACAGGGAGUCCGUCCCGGCCCGGACCGUCUUCGGUGUGACCACGGUGCUGACGAUGACCACCCUCAGCAUCAGCGCCAGGAACUCCCUGCCUAAGGUGGCCUACGCCACGGCCAUGGACUGGUUCAUCGCCGUCUGCUACGCCUUCGUCUUCUCCGCCCUCAUCGAGUUCGCCACCGUCAACUACUUCACCAAGAGGAGCUGGGCCUGGGACGGGAAGAAGGCCAUGGAGGCCCAGCACCCCAAGAAACGAGACCCCAUGGUGCUCUCCAAGAAGCCCAACAACGUCUGCUCGGCGGGGGUCAACUACACCCCCAACCUCACCAAGGACGUGUCCGUCGCCACCAUCUCCAACGCCACCUCCCUGCAGCUGCGCGCCUCCGAGAGCAAGAUGGUGGACCCCAAGAAGACCUACAACAGCGUCAGCAAGAUCGACAAGAUGUCGCGCAUCGUGUUCCCCGUGCUGUUCGGGACCUUCAACCUGGUGUACUGGGCCACAUACCUGAACCGGGAACCCGUGGUGAAGGGGGUGGCGGCCUCCACAUAAUGGCUCCUCCUGACCCCCGACCCCGCCCAGACAGAGCCUGAAAGUGGACCCACAGGAGGAGGGCUGGUGGCGGCUCUCCUGUUUGGAAAAAGAUGUAAAAAAGGAAAAUCUGAAGAAGAAAAACUACACUCAGCUUUCUGAUUCGGGCACUUUGCCCGGACGCACAGCAGCAGAAGCCUUGUUCUUGUUUUUCACGGCCUACAAAAUCUACCUGGAGAACACUUCGACAGAGGAGCGCUGCUUUGCUUCUUUCUCGUCUGUCCUGCUGCUGUUUGCAUGAUGUUUUCCCAUAAAGGAAUUCAGACUUCUGUUCGUCUCCAGUAGCAACCAUGUAAAGGUCAGCUAUGUUUGAAAUACUGGAGUAAGCUUAACUUUGAUAUGAAUUGGGUUCAAAAAGGGGUCUAACCCUACACUAUGAGGGAGGAAAGGCCUCUGACAAAUACUGAAUUUAAGUAAUAAUCUAGUUUUACGUCAUUUCUAUUAUUUUCUCAUUCGCUUGGAGUUACUUAUUGGUGUAUAUGUUUAUUAUUCAAAGCCCUUUGUUGUUGGCCUGGUUUCCCAAAAGCAUAAAAAAAACAGAAGACAAAUAACAGAGGGGAAAAACAAGUCACGUGUCAGAUUAUUCAUAAAGAAAAUUCAAAAUCUCAACAUCUGGGGCAACAAGACGAGAAUACGGCGUAAGCAUCUUUAGCCUCGUGCACGGGAUGGCUGCCGUGGUUACCGCGUGAGCGUUCGCUCUAAUGAGGCUGGAGGAUUUCAACACGCCACUCUGGAAAACCAGCGUCCUGCUAAUGUGUCUGUGGACGGAUCACCGGGGCGCCAACAGGUGUUUGAGCGGGUGGCACUAAAAUCCUGACAGACAGACUUCUUAAACAUUCAUCAUUUGCAAAGGCGCUAAAUUCUGGAGCGUAAAUGGAGCAAAAUUGGCUCCCUUCUCUGCAAUCUCUCCUGAGUGGUUUAGUCUUAGUGCUCUGAAAAUGUUACAUCUGACGAUGCAAUCAAGUCUAAAGUGUAUUAAAAUGCCCUUUAACGCAGGUGUGAAUCAUUAUAAUUACAUAAGUAGUUUCUGCCAGAAACACUCUUGUGUCAUUUAAUACAAAAUUUUUAAAAAACAGCUAAGCUAGCUUAGCUGAGCAUGCUAGCACCCCAAAAUGUCUUGGUUUCUCUGCUAUUUGUUUAUACUGUUUUGAUAUUUAUUUUGAGGUUAUAUAUGAUUUAAUUCCAUUUCUUUUUAUUUAUUUAUUUAUUAUAGAGCUUGAAAUUAGCAAUGAAACAUUUUGUGAAAAACUUGCUAGCUGGGCAGCUAAUAGGGUAAUAAAAUCAUGGGAGGUAAAUUAUUCCUAAUGUUUCACUAACAUGAUAUUCUUUUUUCUUUAUUUUCAUACAAAUGUGAUUGUUGGUGAAAAACUCAGCCAGAAAGAGGCUGUUAUUUUUGGGUUCUUUGGUUUUCUGUUGCCCAGAGUCGUCUCCCUCCGGACAUGGGGCUGCUGGGGGCUAAUUUGUGGGGCGCAGAGCUGAACUCCAGCACAGUCUGUGUGGAUUUAUCUCGUACCCCAAAUGAACCGACUUAAACUUUAUGCACAUUGAUUUUCCUGAGAACUAUUGAAUAGAGUUGAGACAUAGCCUUGAAACUACGUAGACUUUGGGAAAUCAGGCCAAAGCGUCUGAGGGGAGUCAUGUAAAUAGUCUUUUUUCAGCUCAAACAUUAACAUCAAGGUUCUCACAUUUCCAUUUUAAUCCCUCUGAAGAAAAAAGGCCAAAGUCUAAUGCUGACUUGAAACAUAUUCAGAGCAUCUUCUCGUCUUGGAUACCUUUUCCAGAAAAUGUGUGUACAUGUGUAAAGUCAUUUUGCUUGUAGAACAAAGCGCUCACAUUCAGCCAAACUCGAUCUUUGAGCUCAGGCUGGUUUGUACUUUAUUUCUACACCGAUUGAUUCAACGUGAGGCUGUGAGUCCAUGCUGAGGCUUUAAGGCGGGAGCACAAAAGCUCAGCCUGAGCUCCUCAGCUAAGGACCAGGAGGAGCCUUUUACUAUACCUGUACCUGCUUAGCUGUUCUGUUCUGUUCUUUCUGGACUUAAAAAGGACCUAAAGACUUUUUGUGACCGGGCUUUUUGAAACUUUUAGAGAAACCUGUUUGCUCUCUGUCAGCUGAGUGGACGUUGGGAGGGUUCAGUAACGUGUGACAGCUGAUGCUCUCGUCUGAUUGUAGUGAGAUGCAGCCGGGGGCGGAUUACCAGAUGAGAUAUCUCUGAUAGCCAGAUCCUGCAGGCCGGCUGCACUCCUCUGUCCUCUGUCCGCUCCCAUUACCGAGUCCUGCAACACAUGUGAGGCCGUUAGUGGAGUUGAACUGCUCCAGAGUGGACUUCUGAGUGGCCCUUUGUCUGGGGGCAGCUGGGCUUUUUAGGCUGAGAGAUUUCCAAAAGGCGUUUUCAUUUGACCUAAUCUGAAUUUGGCCACGUUUAGAAGGACUUCCUCACAUCUGAGGAUGGACCGGUGUGUGAGGAGACCCAAAGCGGGAGGUCACCAGUGGAUCCCCAUGGAGGGAAAACUAUAUCUUUCUUGACAUCCAAGGUCCAUCGAACCAAAACAGUCCAACCUUCACAUCCACACAUCCAACCUUCAGUUGGCAGCCCAGAGAUACCUGGAAAAAGUCGCCUCUCACAUGGACAUUUCUUAUUUCUUUUUAAGGGAACAUCAAACUAACAUUUCUACUCAAUUCUAGAUCAGCCGAUUCAUUGUAGCUGGUUUUGUGCCACUCAUUUACUGUCUUAUGUACUAUAUUUGUAUUGUGUAUGACACUUAAAAUGAUCAAAUAAAACGGUUU